CACAAGAAGAUUACACCAUCCCUCACCAUCAUCAGGAUAAACUGACUGAUGUGAAAGUUGAGAUUAAAGAUGAAGGAGAAGAGACGUCAAUGGGCGAAGACUGGCAGUCCACAGAGGAGGUUGGAAUGGUCGUUGCAAUUAAAGAAGAGGAACCUUCUCAAGAUAUCCGCACAGAUGGACAUGAUGCUCUGAAUACCUCUCCAGAAAAUCCGAUGUCCUCUCUGGAUUAUAAAAUGGAAGAGGAUGGGGUCUCAGAAUAUUCUCCGAGAGUAAACUCCACAGCUACAAAUAUACAAAACCGUGACUACAGUGCAGAUAGAUCACCAGAUCCCUCCAAUCUUGAGGAAUCUUCUUCUUCUGAUGAUUCAGAUACCAGUAAACCUCGAGAGAAGAGCCGAUUUCCUUGUCCUGAAUGUGAGAAAUGUUUUAGUGAGAAGUCCCGUCUUGUUGAACAUCAGAGGACGCACGCCCGCGAUAUACUUUAUUCAGAAGGUGAAAAGACUUCUACUCACGAAUCAGCACAGGUCGUACCUCAACCACAUCGCCACAGAAGGUGGCCCUACUCGUGUUCGGAGUGCGGGAAAUCUUUGAAAACAAAAUGUGAACUUCGCCUACACCAGAGAACCCACACCGGCGAGGAGAUCUUCUCCUGCACCGAGUGCGAUAAAUCCUUCACGGCAAAGUCCCAACUGAAAAAACACCAGAAAUAUCACACCGGGGAGAAGCCCUUCUCGUGUCCCCAGUGCAAAAAAUCAUUUAUGGAAAAAUCGCAGUUUGUGGCGCACCAGAAAUCUCACAGCGGAGAGAAGCCCUUCUCCUGUAACGAGUGCGGGAAAUCGUUUGCAGCCAAAUCGCAUCUUGUUAGGCACCAGAAAUAUCAUGCCAAUGAAAAGCCGUUUCCGUGUUCCGAGUGUGAGAUGUCCUUCACAACAGUAUCGGGUCUCGUUAAACACCAGAGAGUCCACACCGGUGAGAAGCCCUUUUCGUGUUCCCAGUGCAGCCGAUGUUUUUCCCAAAAAGAAAACUUCAUUACCCAUCUGAAGCGGCACUCUGGCGAGAUGCCCUUCAGUUGUUCGGAGUGCGGGAAAUGUUUCAGCUCAAAUGGGCACCUUAUUACACACCAGAGAACCCACACGGGCGAGCGUCCUUUCUCGUGUUCUGUGUGCAGGAGGAGCUUCACUCAGAAAAUUAACCUUCUUAGGCAUGAGAUGCGUCACAAGGGCGAGCGCCCCUUCUCCUGUUCAGAGUGCGGGAAAAGUUUCAUCGACAAAGCAUACCUGCUCUUACACCAGAGAAACCACACAGGGGAACGUCCUUUUGCAUGCUCCGAGUGUGAGAAGAGUUUUACGCGGAAGGGUCACCUACUUAAACACCAGAGAAGUCACACAAACGUGCGUCCUUUUUCGUGUUCGUUGUGUGGAAAAAGCUACACCGAGAAAGGACACUUUCUUACACACCAGAGGACCCACACAGGCGAGCGCCCUUUUUCCUGUCCGGAGUGCGGGAAAUGUUUCGCCAGUAAGGGAUACCUUCUUGCACACCAAAAAAGACACACUGUGAAGAGCCCUUUUCAGUCUCAGUGUGCGGAAAGUGUUUCAUAGGGAUGAAAUAUCUUCAUGUGCUGGAUGGGAUUGUGACGAAACGCGUCGACAGGUGUGGGAAGUGGUCAUACUUUGCCAUGGGUGCCCCCAAAGACCCUACAAAGUGCAAGAGAACUUUUCAGUAGAUAUGAAUGCAAUAAGUAAAGGGUUCUAUGUUCUAGGAAACAUCUAGAAAUAUUAUAAAAGAAGAGACAGCUCUGCGAUCCUGUGAGGUUAAUCUUCACACCAGUGGUCCUCUCAUAGCCUCUGCAAGACAAUUCUGUAGGUGUGAUCGAAGGAGCCGGUACCUCAAAGUAUGGCAGUUAGACAAUUUUUAUCGCGAUGGCGAACGUUGGCACCCCUAGAUGUUUUGGAUCUACAUUUCCCAUGAUGCUCAAUUACACUGCAGAAUGCAUG